GCUGGGCCAACUCCGCGGCGCAGGCGGCGGCGGAGCGCGGGGAGCUCGCGGCGGGUCCAGCUGCCGCAGCACCAUGCCCGAGCCCCCCUCCGGGCAGCAGCCGCGCGCCGCCGGGGCCCCGGUAGGGGAGGAUGCCAGACGCCCGGGAGAGGCCAGGGCAGCAGCGGCGGCGGCGGCGCGAUGGUGGUGACCACCUCUGCCCGAGGCGGCGGCGGGGACCGCACACCCUCCCGGCGGCGGGGCUGCGGGCUCGCGCCGGCCGGGGCCGCGGCGCUGCUGGCCGGGGCAAGCUGCCUGUGCUACGGCCGCUCCCUGCAGGGCGAGUUCGUGCACGACGACGUGUGGGCGAUCGUGAACAACCCCGACGUGCGGCCCGGCGCCCCGCUCCGCUGGGGCAUCUUCACCAACGACUUCUGGGGCAAGGGCAUGGCCGAGAACACCAGCCACAAGUCCUACCGGCCGCUCUGCGUCCUCACCUUCAAGCUAAACGUAUUUUUGACUGGUAUGAACCCAUUCUACUUUCAUGCAGUAAAUAUAAUUUUACACUGCUUAGUGACCCUUGUGCUGAUGUACACCUGUGAUAAAACUGUCUUCAAGAAUCGUGGACUUGCUUUUGUAACGGCAUUGCUUUUUGCUGUACAUCCUGUUCAUACUGAGGCGGUGGCUGGGAUCGUUGGCAGAGCGGACGUGUUAGCGUGUCUGCUGUUUCUAUUGGCCUUUCUCUCCUACAACAGGAGUCUGGAUCAGGGCUGUGUUGGGGGAAGUUUCCCUUCCACGGUGUCUCCCUUCUUCUUGAUGCUCAGUUUGUUUCUGGGGACCUGUGCGAUGCUGGUGAAAGAGACAGGCAUCACGGUGUUUGGAGUGUGCUUGGUUUAUGACCUCUUUUCCCUUUCCAACAAGCAAGACAAGUCGAGCAAUGGGGCCCUCUGUCCACGCAGCCCACAGCAGCCCGGGAGCCCCCAGCCCUCCUCACUGCCAGGCCAUCCUCACCGGGAGAAUGGGAAGCAGCAGCGGUUCCCUCACAAAGGAGCUUGGGGUGGCUGCCACUCUCCACUGCCACCAGAACCCAAGAGCAGUGGAUUCCCAGUGUCCCCACGAGCUGUGUGGUCCAUGAUGAGGUAUCUGAGAGCAAGCAGCAAUAGAAAUUUCCUGCUUACCAUGAGACCAUUUUUAAAAAGGGCCAUUUUGGUCCUAAGUUAUGUGCUUGUCAUUUUGUACUUCCGUCUGUGGAUAAUGGGAGGAUCUAUGCCCCUCUUUUCAGAGCAGGAUAAUCCAGCUUCAUUUUCGCCUUACAUUCUUACGAGAUUCCUCACCUAUUCCUACCUCUUGGCCUUCAACGUGUGGCUUCUGCUUGCACCCGUGACCCUGUGCUAUGACUGGCAGGUCGGCAGUAUUCCUCUGGUAGAGACCAUAUGGGACAUGCGGAACUUAGCCACCAUCCUUCUGGCAGUUGUGAUGGCCUUAUUGAGCCUGCACUGCUUAGCAGCCUUUAAGAGACUGGAGCACAAGGAGGUUUUAGUCGGCUUGUUGUUCCUGGUGUUCCCGUUCAUUCCAGCCAGCAACCUCUUCUUCAGGGUGGGUUUUGUGGUGGCGGAGAGAGUCCUUUACAUGCCUAGCAUGGGCUACUGCAUCCUUUUUGUGCAUGGACUGAGCAAGCUCUGCACUUGGCUGAAUCGAUGUGGGGCCACCACCCUGAUUGUGUCCACUGUGUUGCUGCUGUUGCUUUUCUCUUGGAAAACUGUGAAACAGAAUGAAAUUUGGCUGUCAAGAGAGUCCCUAUUCAGGUCUGGAGUUCAAACUAUGCCCCACAAUGCCAAGGUUCACUACAACUAUGCCAAUUUCCUGAAGGACCAAGGUCGGAACAAGGAAGCGAUCUACCACUACAGAACAGCCCUCAAGUUGUAUCCACGCCAUGCAAGUGCGCUGAACAACCUUGGAACACUGACGAGAGACACAGCAGAGGCAAAGAUGUACUAUCAGAGGGCUCUCCAGCUCCAUCCACAGCAUAACCGGGCUCUUUUCAAUCUGGGGAAUCUCCUCAAGUCCCAGGAGAAAAAGGAAGAAGCUAUCACCUUACUGAAGGAUUCCAUCAAGUAUGGUCCAGAGUUUGCAGAUGCAUAUUCAAGCUUAGCUUCGUUAUUGGCUGAGCAGGAGCGGUUUAAAGAAGCUGAAGAAAUAUACCAAACUGGAAUAAAGAACUGUCCAGAUAGCUCAGAUUUACACAACAACUAUGGGGUUUUCUUAGUUGAUACUGGCUUACCAGAAAAGGCAGUGGCCCAUUACCAACAGGCCAUCAAACUUAGCCCCAGUCAUCACGUGGCCAUGGUGAACUUGGGAAGACUCUACAGGUCACUGGGAGAGAACAGCAUGGCUGAAGAAUGGUACAAGCGCGCUCUGCAGGUGGCACACAAAGCUGAGAUAUUGUCACCUUUGGGAGCACUGUAUUACAACACUGGCCGAUACGAAGAGGCUUUGCAGAUUUACCAGGAAGCUGCAGCACUUCAGCCUUCUCAGAGGGAGCUCCGCUUGGCACUGGCUCAGGUUUUGGCCAUGAUGGGUCAGACAAAAGAAGCUGAAAAAAUGACCAAUCACAUUGUGUCGGAGGAGACCGGAUGCCUUGAAUGCUAUCGCCUCUUGUCAGCCAUCUAUAGCAAGCAGGAGAACCACGACAAGGCACUUGAUGCUAUAGACAAGGCUCUCCAGCUGAAACCAAAGGACCCAAAAGUCAUUUCUGAACUUUUUUUCACAAAAGGAAACCAAUUAAGAGAGCAGAACCUUCUUGACAAAGCUUUUGAGAGCUAUAGAGUGGCUGUGCAACUAAAUCCAGACCAAGCACAGGCCUGGAUGAACAUGGGUGGCAUCCAACACAUCAAGGGAAAAUAUGUGUCUGCAAGAGCUUAUUAUGAGAGAGCCUUACAGCUGGUUCCAGACAGCAAACUGCUGAAGGAAAAUCUUGCCAAAUUGGAUCGCCUAGAAAAACGAUUACAAGAAGUUCGAGAAAAGGAUCAAACAUAGCACCGCCGUCUGACCCAACCUCAUAGGAUAAUGUGGUGCCUCUGAAAGGGGAGUGAUGGAAGCCAUGCUUUCACAUCAGCAGGGGCACAACUAAUGAGAUUUUCUCUCAUUCUGAGUUCAGGGUGACACAUUUUGGGACAUCUGCUGGUAGCCCAGUGCUGAAGGACUUGCUUUUCCAUGAAGAAGACGAAAACAGCAAACAAGGGCAAGAAGGUCUGAGAGGGAAGGAGAACGACAUUUACACAUUUUACAGAUUUUUGUUUGGUUUAACUCCAGAUUUCUCUUGAUAUAUCUCUGUGCUUUUGAGACCUGGAGAUCUAAUUCUGUUUAGACAUUUUUUUGUCCCAGAAAUACAGAAGCUUGAAAUGCUGUGAAGGCAGAGCUUCUUUUCUUUAUGGGAUGAAAUAUUUUAAAAGAGGAUAAAUCCUCUGUGGUAAGCCAUUUGGAAAAUCCUACCAAGAAUUGGCUUAUUUAAUUCUCCAGAACCAGAAAUGAGUAUCUAAUAGCUUUUGUAGAACCUUCCAGAAUAUGUGAGGAAAAAGGGCUAUUGCUAAGUGAGCUUUAUCUAACAUCCCCCUAAGAGUUUUACUAGUGCUUUUUUGAGGAAAUAAAGGGAAGCUCCUGGAAUUGUAUAUGGAUAUCUUUAUCCCUAGGGGGAAAUCAAGGAGCUGGGCACCCCUAAUUCUUUAUGGAAGUGUUUAAAACUAUUUUAAUUUUAUUACAAGUAUUACUAGAGUAGUGGUUCUACUCUAAGAUUUCAAAAGUGCAUUUAAAAUCAUACAUGUUCCCGCCUGCAAAUAUAUUGUUAUUUUGGUGGAGAAAAAAUCGUAUAUUCUACAUAAAAGAAUUAAAGAUAUUAACUGAGAGAAA